GCCACCAUGUCGGGCGACAAGCUCCUGAGUGAACUUGGCUAUAAGCUGGGCCGCACGAUAGGUGAGGGCAGCUACUCCAAGGUGAAGGUGGCCACCUCCAAGAAGUAUAAAGGGACGGUGGCCAUCAAGGUGGUGGACCGUCGGCGAGCGCCUCCGGACUUCGUCAACAAGUUUCUGCCUCGAGAGCUGUCCAUCCUGCGGGGAGUACGGCACCCGCACAUCGUGCACGUCUUCGAGUUCAUCGAGGUGUGCAACGGGAAGCUGUACAUCGUCAUGGAGGCAGCAGCCACCGACCUGCUGCAGGCAGUGCAGCGCAACGGGCGCAUCCCGGGGUCACAGGCGCGCGAACUCUUCUCGCAGAUCGCGGGUGCCGUGCGCUACCUGCACGACCACCACCUGGUGCACCGCGACCUCAAGUGCGAAAACGUGCUGCUGAGCCCUGACGAGCGCCGCGUCAAGCUCACGGAUUUCGGUUUUGGCCGUCAGGCGCACGGCUACCCAGACCUGAGCACCACCUACUGCGGCUCGGCCGCCUAUGCGUCACCUGAGGUGCUCCUGGGCAUCCCCUACGACCCCAAGAAAUACGACGUAUGGAGCCUGGGCGUUGUGCUCUACGUCAUGGUCACCGGGUGCAUGCCCUUCGAUGACUCGGACAUUGCUGGCCUGCCCCGGCGCCAGAAGCGCGGUGUGCUCUACCCCGACGGCCUCGAACUGUCGGAACGAUGCAAGUCCUUGAUCGCCGAGCUGCUACAGUUCAGUCCAUCCGCCCGGCCCUCGGCGGGCCAGGUGGCGCGCAAUGGCUGGCUGCGGGCCGGGGACUCCGGCUAGGAGCCGGGGUUCUCGCUGUUCCCGCCGCACCAGGCCCUGAGCCAGGGCGGCGCACGCGCGACAGGCGAGCUUCGGGAAACCCGCGAAGUCGCCGCGCGCCACUGCGCACGAGCCCUGUCCCUUCCCCUGCCCCCACGGCGGCGGCCCGCAGAGGCCGGCUGUUGGAUUCUGGUUCCUCCUGCACAACCCGAUUGCUGCAGGGCGCAUGCGCAUCCUCGAUUUCUGGCGAGAAGGCCCCGGGAGGGGCGCGAAGAAAAGAGAGAGAAGCAUUGCGCCUGCGCGGAAUGAGUUCCUGCUGCGCGAUGGGUGGCCCCGGCGCGGAGAAGCUGCGGGCCGGCGGUGCACUCCAAGUUCCAGGUUGGAACCUGCAAUAAAUUCGCUCUUCCUCGCAAGUGGCUUUAGCGGUGGACCCUUGUUACGGAGCAGAGGGGCGAGGAGGUCUCAGCACUUUAGAGAAAGCCAUGUAUGUGGAGAUUCUAGCUUCAGACCUCAGAAGGGAGUUGUGGGAUCCAAACACGGAACUUUUGAGUUCCCCAAACUGGACAAACUUCUAGAGGUUCUGUAGUCGUCCCCCGGGAUGUGAUGAUGCUUGAAUUGGAAUCGGUGUGGAUGAAGGAGGGCACUGCCUGUCAGCAGAAACUGAGCAUUUGCAGAUGGGGAAACUGAGGCCCAUACAGGUGUCAGCUGUGCAGAGAUAGCUAUGGUUUGUACUCAGGUCUCUUGAAGCUGAGAGUCCUGGGUGGUGGUACUUUCUCUAUGUUUACAGGUAGUUUACAGGGAGAGAACAGACCCAGCUACUGGUGCUGUUUUCUUUGUUGUUGCUGUUGGUGGUGAUGGUGGUUUGUGUGUGUCAUGCUAGACCACGGCUUGCUUACUCCAGACAUCUCACUAUGCAGCUUAGGCUGGCCUGGAACUUGAACUCUCCUGCCUACGCUUCCCAAGUUCGGGAUGACAGGUGUGCAGCCCAGUUCUGCAUGUCUUGAACCAGGACCUGGGACUCCAAGAGGCUUGAACCAUCUUUGCCUUCAACAGAGUGCAAUGUGACAAUGCAAAUGCAAUGUCAAGUAAAAUAAGACAAGACGUGGAAAUAAUUGUGAGUUGUGCGGAAUGCCAGGUGGGGCAGAGAUACCGUGGGAGAGACUGUGAAGCUGUUUGGGGGCUGUGCCCAAACCAUUAAAAAUGGCACAAGAUGCCAGGAGUGUGGCACACACUUUUAAUCCCAGCGCUCAGGAGGCAGAGGCAGGUGGAUUUCUGUGAGUUCCAGGACAGCCAAGACUACACAGAGAACCCUGUCUC